AUGGAACAAAAAAUUAGUUUAUUAUUUUUUAUUAAAUAUGCUCUGUUUAUUAUUUCAACUUGGAUGUACUAUCUUCGAAGUGAUUUGAGGACGUUUAAAAAAACUUUUUGUGAAUUCUACAAACUUGAUGGAAAAUUAAGAACAAGAAGAUAUAGAUUACUAGCAAAAUAUAAGCAGAAUAAAAAUUCAAAUACUGUAGAACUAAUGGAGGGUAUAUCAAAUAGUAAAGUGAACGUAAUUAAGGAUUUUUCUAAUAAUGAAAAAGGAUCCAUAGAAAAAAAAAAACAAUUAAAUAAAAGUUCAUUAAAUAGUUCUGGAAUCCAUGAUGAAUCGCUAAAAUAUAAACCUUUUAUAUUUGAAACAAAAAAUUAUUCCUAUUUUGAAAAAAAAAUAUUUAAAGAACUUGAUAAUACAGAAUUUCUUAUAAGGAAUAGGACAAUGAGUAAUAGAACAUACAAAAAAAUUAAGUUUGAAAAAAGAAGACUACGUUUUUCUUUAGGUUUAUUAUUGUUAAUACUAGUUUUAGCGGUACCUUUAAUAGAUUUUUUCUUUUAUUUUGCAUGUGGAAAAGAGAUAUUGAGUGAAUUGGGUCUUUUAUCCAUAGAUAAUAUGGGUCUUAAAUCUUAUUUUCCUCGAGUAGGAGGGUGGUUAAAAAAUGUAUUAGGCCUAGAAAAUACCAUGUUCAGGGGAGUAAUAAAAAUUCGUUCUAUUCUAGAAUAUUGCGUUCCUAUACUUAUAAUAUUUGUAGUAAUAAUAUUAUGUAUUGUUUAUUACUAUAAAAAAGUUAUGAAAUAUGAAAAACUUAAGUUCAGGAAAAAAUUAAAAGAAUAUUAA